AUGGCAUCCCUCGCAUUCCCAUCGUUGGCCAAAAAGGCCACUUUGCCUGACGGGACAACUUAUGGCUAUGUCGCAGUUGCGCCCUCUUCUGCUAACAAGCCAACCUUUCUCUUUCUCCACGGAUAUCCAAGUUCCAGUUAUGACUGGCGUCGUCAGAUCGAAACGCUGCCAACUAGUGGCUUUGGUGUCAUCGUACCUGAUCUGCUUGGUUACGGAGACACGGAUGCCCCUGAAGAUUUGGACUCAUAUCGGAUGAAGACCAUAGCUCAUCAUAUGGCUGAUAUCCUUGACCGCGAGGGAGUUGCACGCUGCAUUGCCGUCGGGCAUGAUUGGGGGUCUACGUUGCUUUCCCGGCUGGUGAACUACAUACCCGAUCGUUUGAUCGGUGUUGUUUUCCUUGCCCUGGGCUAUGUUGAACCUGGGAUCGUAUGGGAUAUCGAUGUGUUCAUCAAGAUGAGCCGUGAGGUGUUUGGGUAUGAUGUAUAUGGUUAUUGGCCCUGGCAUGUCUCUGAAGAAUCUGCCAAAGAUUGUGAUGACCAUCCUGCCUCAGUGUUUAGCCUUUUAUACCCCGCUGAUCCAGCCGAUUGGAUAAAGGACUUUGCAUCUGUUGGAAAAGCAGCUGAGUUUGUCAAAGGUGGACAACUUAAGCCAUUACCGUCAUGGUUCAACCUUGCUGAGUACACAGUACGAGACCGCAUCAUUUCAAUGAAAGGCUACGGGGGUCCGCUCAAUUGGUACAAAGCUUGGGUUCGGGAGGUCAACUCUGCAGACGAGGCUGGUAUUCCGGAGGAACGCCGAUACUGCAAAGUACCUACGCUCUUUGUUGCUGCUGAGGAAGACUUUGUAACGCGGGCAGAUGUACAAACUGAAAACAGUAAGAAGUGGGUAAAGGACCUUCGUAUCAAGACUCUUAGCUGUGGCCAUUGGGUUCAAUUAGAGAAACCAGCUGAACUACGGGGGAUGUUGGAAGAAUUCGCCGGUGAAGUGGCUGUCUAG